AUGGCUUCGACCAUUACCAAAAUCGCUCCCUUCUCCGUUCAGGUACCUGACAGCGAACUUUCCGACCUCAAAUCCAGACUCCAAUCCACUCGAUACCCUGCCGCAGAGAUAACCUCGGGCUGGAGCCAUGGUGUGCCUCUACAAGCUAUGCGGGAAUUGACGAACUACUGGAUCGAGAAAUAUGACUGGCGGAAAUGUGAAGCCUGGCUCAACAGCCACGAGCAGUUUCUCGCAUCUUACGAAGGCGAGGAGAUCUACUUCCUGCACAUCAAGUCGAAACAUGCUGAGGCGAUGCCUAUGUUAUUAGUGCAUGGCUGGCCGGGAUCCAUCUUGGAGUUUCGCAAGGCUGUAGGCCCUCUGACUGAUCCUACACAAUACGGAGGCAAGGCCGAGGACGCCUUUCAUCUGGUCAUCCCUUCGUUACCUGGCUACGGCUGGUCGACGGCAAAGAGUGAAUGGAGCCACAGGCGUAUCAACAAAGCGUUUGUUGCGCUCAUGGUUAAAUUGGGCUAUGAUCAGUGGGUUGCACAAGGCGGUGAUUGGGGCGGGGAUCUCGUGGCCAUUUUGGCGAGCGAAAAUCCGCCCGCGUCUCUGGUCGGUGUUCACCUCAACACCAUCUUCUUCAAUGUGCCCAAAGAAGUCGGCGGCAGGAAGGAUCUUUCGCCAGGCGAGCAGCGUGCGGUGCGCCAAAUGGAAGCAUGGGACGGAACGGAGGAUGCGUAUCUAAUGCUGCAAGCCACGCGACCGCAAACCAUUGGGUACUCUCUGGCCGAUUCACCCGUUGGCCAAGCUGCUUGGAUCCUGGAGAAGAUCCACGGCUGGAGUCACCAUCGGGGUGACGUGUAUGAGAUCUUGACAAAGGAUGAAAUCCUCGACAAUAUCAUGAUCUAUUGGUUGACCAACACCGGCUCGACUUCGGCCAGGCUAUACACGCAGCAGAAUCACGAUUGGACCAUGGGUACCCGAAUUGAGAUACCCAUUGGAGUGACCCUGUUCCCCGGCGACGCUUCAUAUGUACCUCGAAGCUGGGCUGAGAAAUAUUACUCCCGUAUCAUCCACUGGAGAGACGCAGAAAAGGGCGGCCACUUUGCUGCAUGGGAGGUGCCUGAAAUCUUCGUUCAGGAAGUGAGAGACACCUUUCGACAUGUGAGGAGCUGA